ACCGAGCACCGCCCCGCGCCCCGCCGCGCCCCGCGGGCUGCCAUGCUGCGGCCCAAAGCGCUGACGCAGGUGCUGAGCCAGGCCAACACCGGCGGCGUCCAGAGCACGCUGCUGCUGAAUAACGAGGGCUCGCUCUUGGCCUACUCGGGUUAUGGGGACACGGACGCCCGCGUGACGGCGGCCAUCGCCAGCAACAUCUGGGUGGCGUACGACAAGAACGGGCACCACGCCUUCAACGAGGACAACCUCCGCUUCAUCCUCAUGGACUGCAUGGAGGGGCGCGUGGCCAUCACCCGCGUGGCAAACCUCCUGCUGUGCAUGUAUGCCAAGGAAACGGUCGGAUUUGGGAUGCUGAAAGCCAAGGCGCAGGCGCUGGUGCAGUACCUGGAGGAGCCGCUGACGCAGGUGGCCGCAUCCUGAGCCGCAUCCUGAGCACGGAGCCGCGGUGCCACGGCUGAGCAGCAACGCUUGCGUGGGGGGAACCACGAUGGGAGCCCGGCUGCGCUGCUGGGCGGCAGGGAAGGGGGAAUAAAACCACGUGUGGUGCUCGUGUC